CGGCUCCUGAAAUUAAACUCGUUGACGUACCGUUUAUCUGGCCUUGAGUCUUCCAUACACCGCAGCUUUGUCUUUUGACGGUCCCUCAAAAUGGAGAAACAUGUCGAACUUCAGACCUUCAACAAUGGCGAGCUACGGAAUCGUCGGGACAAGGACUCGAUCUCAGAGGUCAAGGGUGCCGAAUUUGAUCGUGACCGAUAUGAGCUGGCGAGAGUGGGCAAGGAGCAGGUCCUAAAGCGUCGCUUCGGUCUGGUGUCUAUGACGGGUCUUUCUUGUGGUUUGAUGUGCACAUGGGAAAGUCUUCUUGUCAUCUUCUUGACUGGCUUCCAAAAUGGCGGUCCCGCUGGUCUUAUCUACGGGUUCAUACUGAUCUGGCUCGGCAACUUCUCGGUCUUCAUUUGCAUCGGUGAAUUGGCGAGUGCCGUACCUACAGCCGGGGGUCAAUACCACUGGGUGUCUUUGCUUGCACCACGUUCGAACAAGCGGUUCUUCAGCUACAUUACAGGCUGGCUGACCGUCAUUGGCUGGAUCGCAGCUCUAACAUCAGUGUGCUUCUUUGUCUCGGAUCUCGUUCUGCAACUGGCAACGCUGAAUAAUCCUGACACCUAUGUACGGGAGAACUGGCAUGCAACGCUGCUGUUGUGGGCUGUGCUGAUGCUCUGUGUCUUCAUCAAUGUGUUCAUCAGUGGUGCGCUGCCAACCAUCGAAGUAGUCGUCUUGGUCAUGCAUGUCCUGGGGUUCUUUGGAAUUCUAGUGCCACUGGUGUACCUUUCGCCGUAUCACAAUACUGCCAAAGCCGUCUUCACUACUUUCAACAACAAGGGUCAAUGGCCCACACAAGCAUUGGCCUUCUUCGUUGGACUACAAGGCAAUGCAUUGGCCUUUGUCGGAACAGACUCGGUUGUGCACAUGUCGGAAGAGGUCAAGAACGCCAGUACUGAUGUCCCACGCUCAAUGCUCAUGAGUCUUGGCAUCAACGGAACUCUCGCCAUUGGACUACUUAUCGCUGUCCUCUUCAGUGCGACUGGCCUGGACGCCCUGCUCAAUGACUUGGAGUCACCUCUAUCGCCCUUUAUCCGAAUCUUCCAGCAAGCUGUAGGCUCGAGAGCUGGUACUACCGUCAUGGUAAGUAUCAUCAUCGCUCUCGAGUUCUGUAGCGCAAUGGGUUGCCUAGCUGCAGCAUCUCGCAUGACUUGGUCCUUUGCGCGUGACAAAGGUCUGCCUUUCUCUAAGGCCCUGAGCAUUAUCGACCAGCGCAGUACUAUCCCUGUGGUGGCCAUUUGCGUUGUCACAGUCUUCGCCGCCCUCCUCUCCCUCAUCAACAUCGGGAACAGUGCCGCCUUCAACGGAACCAUCUCGCUCGUGCUCGAGGGCUUCUACCUCUCCUACUUGCUCGCUAUCGGCUUGCUAUUCUGGCGCCGUAUCCGCGGCGACCUGGACAACCAGAACGAUGAGCUCAAUGUCUUCAACUCCUCGCCUUAUCACCCUGAACGCUACGACCGCAGUCUCACGUGGGGUCCUUGGCGUCUCAAGGGCAAACUUGGUGUUGUGAACAACGCGGUAGCCAUCUGCUACUUGCUGCUUAUCAUCUUCUUCAGCUUUUGGCCAACCCAGAUCAAUCCAUCGGCGGAGAUGAUGAAUUGGGCUGUCGUCGUCACUGGCGGUGUUGCGACGUUCUCAGUUGUGUACUAUGUCAUCUUUGCAAGGAAGAGCUACACGGGCCCUGUGGUCGAUUCGGAAGCGAUCGCGAAGUACGAGCAAGGUACCCUAUAGGCCUGCGGAAUAUAUGAGACUAUCGGAACACUCAAAGAAGCCAACAGCUGGAGUCAGAGGGACUUAGAGCCCUUCCGGAAUGGUUGCCACGGAUCACAAUUUCGUUUGCAUUGUAGUUUUAUUGGGUAAAAUGGUGGCGCACGUUUCGUUCCGCUGACCAUAGAUUGAC